UAAGCUAUUUAUUCCGCGCACACACCUUCAGCCUACUCAGUCUUCGGACGCAGCUACGUCCUAAACUACAAGCAAGAACUUCUAAUAAUUAUUUCAAACGCUAUGCACUGGCCGAUCGCGUACGUGGGUGUGUUCGUUUUUGUUACGAUCGCUUAUCUGAUACCAACUCAGGAUGCGGCUCGCAUACUAGGGUUUUUCCCGUCGCCCGGUGACUCGCAUUUGAUUAUCCAUUGUGCUGUAGCCGACACGCUGGCGCAAGCCGGACACAAUGUUACGGUGAUCGCGACCAAACCGAACGUUAACCCAAAGGCCAAAUACAAUUACAUAUAUAUCGAUACACCAUUGCUGCCGCCGAGUUUCUUGAAAAAUUUCGUCAACCAACCGAUGCCGUUCUAUAAACGUUAUCCGAUGUUGCUAAAAGAGGUCUCAAAGAUGCACAAUAGAACACUAUGGCAUCCGGAAAUCCAACAAUUCUUGCAUGAUCACGGUGCUGGUUCCUUCGACUUGCUGCUGGUGGGCUAUUUUGCCAAUGACUUUCAUGUGGGACUUGGUGCACACUUUAAGUGUCCAGUGAUUCUUACUUUUAUGGUACAACCGAUAUUUUACCUCAACGAGCUGAUCGGCAAUCCCAGUGAACACGCAUAUGUGCCAACCGUGUUCAGUGGUUUGAAGCAACCCAUGAACUUCUGGGCGCGUUUGGAAAAUUAUGUCAUAUACCUCUUUGAAUAUUACUACAUGGGGCCACUGAUGAAAAGCACAGGGCAGAAAUACUAUAGUUAUAACUUCCCCGCCAGCAGCGGCUAUCCCAGUUUCGAAGAAGCGCGACGCAAUGUCGCCUUAAUCUUUGCCAAUCAUUGGUUUGCACAGGGCCCUGUCCGACCACAUGUACCGAGUCUCAUAGAAGUUGGUGGCAUACAAGUCAAAGAGAAACCCGAUCCCCUGCCCACCGAUAUCGCUGAACUGCUAGAUGGUUCACCAGAAGGUGUGAUCUACUUCAGUUUUGGCAGCCUUAUACGCGGUAACACAUUGAAGCCGGACACAGUGCAUAUAAUAUUCAACGUAUUGUCCAAGCUACCUUACAAGGUGCUAUGGAAAUGGGGCGCCGACCACCCAGGCAAUGCGUCGAACAUCCUCUUUAAAAGCUGGCUUCCACAGACAGACGUACUCGCGCAUCCAAAUAUCAAACUUUUCAUUACGCAUGGCGGUAAAGGCAGCGUAGUGGAGGCGGAGUAUAAUGGCGUACCUAUGGUGGGCAUACCACUCUUCUCCGAUCAGCCCGCAAAUAUGGAGGAAGUGCGGCAGGCAGGCUUCGGUACAUAUGUACCCUAUGCCGAUUUGACUGAAGAGCGUUUGCGGGAUGCGAUCGAAGAGGUGAUUAACAAUCCGAAGUAUAGAAAAGCGGUGCGUGAAUUCUCGGAAGUAUAUCGGGAUCGUCCGAUGACACCGCGUCAAUCGGUUGUCUGGUGGGUGGACUAUGUGCUGCGGCAUAAGGGCGCCAAGCAUAUGCAAUCACCAGCCGUGUACUUGACGCAUUGGCAGCUUUUGUCGUUGGAUGUGUUAGGUGUGUUGUUGGCGAGCGUGGCGGUUGUGGUGGGUUUACUGAUAAUUCUGUGGAAAUUUUGUAUCACAAAGCUAGUCGCGCGUCUGAUAAAAACAAAUGGCGUGAACGGAACGAAGCGAAACGCAAAAAAAAGUGCCAAAGUAGAAUAAGGGCUCAGAAAUAUUUUAAGUAGUAAAUAAAUAAAUGUAAUAUGGAAAAACAAUAUUAAAGUUUUCACCUAAAAUAUGUAUUUUGUA